UCCAAAUCAAUGCGUUCACAUUUUAUACAUAAGCAACUAAAACAAACUUAAAUUAAACCAACCCAACAUGAAUCCAAAUGUCAGUGGCUUCCUAGAAAACCCACCAUGGAUCAGAGACUAUACAACUCAGCAAAAUCAGGAGACAUUCUUCACUUCAAACAACUCCUCAAUGAAAAUCCAAGCCUACUUCUAAAACUAACACCUCAUGAAAACACACCACUUCAUAUCGCCACACAGUUUGGACACAAAAACAUUGUUGCUGAGAUUUACAAUCGGCAGCAGUCCCUCCUUGCUCAGCCAAACUUGGACGGAGACACACCUCUACAUGUCGCUGCGAGAGCUGGCCGCAUCUCUAUUGUUAGUUUUCUAGUCAACGAGGUGUUAUCUUUGUCUUAUGGAGACAUCGAAAACAGAGGAAACAGAGAGACUGAGAUUCUGAGGAUGAGAAAUAAGUGGGGCAACACAGUUUUGCAUGAGGCUGUGAGGAACCAUAAUCUCAGAGUGGCUGAGUUUUUGAUAAAGGUUGAUCCUGAGCUGGCCUGUUUCGAGAACAACACGGGUGAAUCCCCAUUGUAUCUGGCUGCUAGAGAUGGAAUGCUGGAAAUUGUGAAGCGCAUACUGAUGGCAGCUUGUUAUUCGGCUUAUGGCGGGUCAGAUGGCCAAACAGCUUUGCAUGCUACCAUCGUAGAGGGGAAUUUUGAUGCCAUGGAAGCCCUUGUUAGAGCGAAGCCAGAACUAAUAAAAGAAGCUGAUCAUCAUGGUAGAACCCCACUCUACUACGCAGCAUCUAUGGGAGACCACAGGACAGUUCAAAGAUUACUUCAACUUCACACCGACAUAGUAUACAUGUCCGAUCAAGAUGGGCUGUCACCACUUCAUGUCGCGGCAUACAGAGGCCAUACCAACAUAAUCCAAGAGAUCAUCCAAUGUUGCCCGGAUUCUGGAGAACUGCUAGAUUUAAGAGGCCAAAACACUCUUCACUUUGCAGUCCUUGGUGGAAAAUUAAGUGUUGUUAGGUACGUUUUAGAAACAACAGAGCUAGAGGGGCUUAUAAACCAGGCAGAUAAUGAUGGAAACACACCUUUGCACUUGGCUACCAGAGAAAGAAAAAGUUGGAUAGCACGUUACUUGAUUUGGGAUGAGAGAGUAGAUCAAAGAGCCAAGAAUAACAUUGGCCAAACAGCCAUCGACUAUGAGGAGUCGAUUAGAAAGGCAUACUCGAGAUUUCCAAAGAAAUCAAAAAAUUGGAGACAACCUUGGUCCCUAAAUACAUUGACCACCAAAGAAAAGAUUCCCCCAAGCACAAGCAAGGAGGGAGCUGCAGCUGCAGCUGCUGCUGCUGCUGCUGACAAAAUGGAAACUUACAAGCAAAUGGGUCACACCCUCUUAAUGGUAGCAACACUAAUUGCCACCGUCACAUUUGCAGCUGCUUUCACAAUUCCCGGAGGCUUCAACAACAACGUUGGCCCAGAUCAAGGGCAGGCACUUUUGCAAUCAAGCCUACAUCUUAAAUGGUUCCUUGUCUCGGACUCCAUCGCUAUGAGUUUCUCUGUGAUUGCAGCUUGCAUACUCUUCUGGGGAGCUGUUAUUGCCGAAGAAACCUAUUUCUACUACUUUGCUAGUGCCACUGUGCUUACACAUGUUGCACUGUUUUCAACUGCUGUCGCCUUCACAACUGGCUUGAUUGCUAUUAUGCCCAAUCAACCAUUUGUUCGCAUCAUGUGUCGUAUAAUAGGGUCACUUUUCCAUGUCGGAAACUUCCUGUUUUUUUUCCGGUUGGCACAGAUUUUUUCUUCAGGGGAAGUUUGUCAGUUCUUGAUUUUUCGCCUACGUAGGCUCAAGACUAAAUUCAUCAAAAGAUGAACUCUUGCAAAUAUGCAUAAUCCCAAAUUGAUCAUUCCAUGUAAAUCAACAAAGAAAAACUAUUGGAAUCUGUGAUUCGAUCUUUGAAUCCAUGAUUUCGAUCCAACUCUACAUGAUCCAAACCAUCAAUGUACGGUGUGCAUCAGAGUUGGGUUUUUUUAUUCUGACAAAUUUUCAAAUUUGAAGACUUAUGGGAGAUAAUGACACUACUGCUCCAUUUUUUUGUAUUUUUGUAGAAGCCAAAGAGGACUAUGAAUAUUUUUUUUGUGCUCUUAAUAAUGACUACUUCCAGUUUAAAAGUAUAGUUUGACUGGAAUUGAUAGACAUUUUCAGAAUAACCUACACCAUUCAAGAACUUCAAGAAUGAAUGAAACAUAAACAAGUCUCAAACCUGGGAUACUCCGAUGCUUGAACAUCAUGAUUAAACUAGCUAGUUUGAAAUUUUGAAUACCACCACCACAUUGUUUGAUUAUGGCUGAGUAAAAAAUAAGAUAAUAUUUGACGGAUUGUUUGUGACCGUUGGAUUUUAUUGGGACGAUUCAAAAAAAUGAGAUUCAAUAAUUCACAACAAUCUAGACAAGACUGUAAACGUAUCCAAAUACAUGUCGAAUUGAGAAUAAUUGAGAGACAAAAUCUAGAUAGUGAGCUCCACAUGUCUCCUAGUCCAAUCUAGACCCAUCUAACAGCA